AUGAGCGCCUACGACGGCUACGACGACGAGCCGCGGCGGUACCGCAAUGUUCGCACGCGCCCACGUGAGAGAGACGAGCCCGAUCUGGUGCGCGAGGAGGUCUACAUUGAGCGCGGCAAGGGCCCCGGACCUCGUGGAGCUGAACUGGUCUACCGUGGACGCGACGAUAGCACCGAAGACAUUCCACGCGACUUUCCUCCACCGGGUCGUGGCUCCCGUCGAUCGGAAUACGGUGACUACUCCGCACCUCGCCGCAGCAAGAGCACGGGCGGCAGACGCUACGACGACGACUACUACAGCGACGACGAUCGUUACACCGACUAUGCUGGCCCAGCAGCUGCAGGUGCUGCAGGCUAUGCCGCAGGACGCGGUCGCUACGAUCGUGAGCGCAGACACAAGCGUGAUGAUCGUGACUACGAAUCUGAAUACUCCAACUCUCCACCUCGCCGCGAGCGCAAGAAGUCUGGCGUUGGUGAGCUUCUCGGAAGCCUUGGCCUGGGAGGCCUAGUUGGCGGUCUUGCUGGCGGCAACAAGGACAAGGAUCGAUCGCGCUCUCGCUCUGGGUCUCGUGGUGGCCGCGCUGGCCGAUCUCGGUCCCGCGGUGCACGUAGUCGGCGUGGACCUUCCUCUGACGGCAGUGGUCGUAGUCGGUCUCGUGGCGGCAACAGCGAGCGCAAGUGGGCCCAAGCUGCUCAAGCCGCGCUCGUUGCAGGUGCUGUGGAGGCUUUCAGAUCCCGCAAGACACCAGGACCUUGGACCGGAGAGAAGGGCAAGCGCAUUGCGACUGCUGCACUGGGCGCCGGAGGUAUUGAUGGUCUCGUCUCUGGCAAGGAUCCCGGCGAGAAGUCGAAGCGCCACCUGGCUGGAGCAGUCAUUGGCGGUUUGGGUAUCAACCGUGCCGCCAAUGGCGCGCGCUCCCAGGUUCGCGGCGGGGACAGUCGCAGUGUAUCACCGGAUGGCCGCCCGCGUUCCCGCAGCCGCAGCAUAAUCGACAGGUUCCGUGGACGUUCGCAAUCUCGUGGCCGCAACUCGGAAGCUGGAGGUGGUGGAAACGGCGCUCUGGGCAAGGGUCUUCUGGGCGCCGGCGCGGCAGCCGUCGCUGGAAAGGCGCUCUUCGAUCGGGUUCGCUCCAAGUCUCGCAAGAGACGCUCACCAUCAAACUCCAGUUCAGACUCGUAUGUGCCCUCCCGCACCCGUCAACGAGACAGGCGCCGCUCACCACGUUCAGAUACCGCCAGUACUCGCCGGACAGACGGUCCCGUGCUCCGUGGCGGUCAAGACGAUCGCGCUCUCGCUCGCGGUGGUAAUCGGUAUGCGGCCGCGGCCGGCGCCGGAGCUGGUGCUGGUGCAGGCGCAUUGGCGGUGAGAUCCGGCGGUGGCGGCGGCGACAGGAACGGAAACCAGGACGCGAAUGGCAAGGGUGACGGCAACUCCAGUGACAGUAGUAGUACCGCGGACAUGGAGAAGACACGCAAGCACGUUCGCGGCAAGGAGAUUAUUACAGCGACUUUGGCUUCAGUGGCAACUAUUCACGCCGCUCACGGUGUUUAUUCGAGUAUGGAAGCACACGAAAAGCGGCAUAAGUUAGUAGCAGAAGGAGAGAUGUCUCCCGAGCAAGCUCGCAAACAACAGACCAAGGCGUGGAUUCAAGAUGCUGCAGCUGUUGGUAUUGCUGCGCUGGGUAUCAAGGGUGCAUUCUCUGAAUGGAAGCAGAUGAACGACCAGAGACGCGAGAUUCAGGACAUUGAGCGGAAGAAGGUGCAGCGUCGCAAGAAGCGUAUCGCAGAAGAAAAGGCCAAGCAGCAGCAAAUGCAGGAACGUCUGUUGCAGGCCUUCGAGCAUAACCCAGUCGCGGCUAUGGGCUACCAGGCUGCUCUGGCCGGAGGAGUUGCUCCACAGACCCAAGCACCACCUCAGCCAGACUUGAGCGGCAAUCCGUACGCUCCGAGGGACGGCGGAAACGGAAAUCAGCGGUACUAG